ACUCGGUAAAUACUUGUUGACUGAGUGAGCGUGGUAGGAAAAGCACACAGCCUGGAGAUUCAGACCCAGCUGGGAUCUGUCUCUACUCGGCCACUCUACCUUUCUGGGAGAGUUUCUACACAUUGCUGAGCCUCUGUUUCCCAAAAUAAGAUCACAAAUCCAGCUGGCGGGUACCUGAGCAGGGAUUUGAACCCAAGUCUCCCAGAUUCCAGGGCUGAUUUUUCAUACUCCGCCCUCCUGAUUUUUUUUAGUGUACCCAUUUCAUUCAUUCAUCCAUCCACUUAGAAGAUGUUUCUGGAGACCUACUAUGCACCAGGCACUAUUCCAAGCUCCAUAGAUACAGCAGUGAACAAGGCAGAUGAGACCCUCCCCUUGGGGAAAUUAUAUUCUGGAAGAUGGAGACACACGGUAAACAAAUAAACAAAUAGGACAGGAACUACUCUGCAGGAACCGUAAUAGGAGUGGAUGGAAUUGGAGGUGGAUGCCUUAGCUUAUGUGAUCAGGGAAGGGGAUGACAUUUUCGGUGUGACACUGGGCAAAGAGCCUGGAAAAUUAAUUCAGUUCACUGUGAAGUGUGGGGCUAUCAGAGACAGGGGUGGGUGAUGCAGUCCAGCCCUUCGGGGUGUCUGCACCCCGGGUGGAUCAGGGUCUCCCCCCAUCUGGCUGCCCUGUCUUCCAGGUGAAGCAGAUCAUGGAGGAGGCCGUCACACGCAAGUUUGUCCACGAAGACAGCAGCCACAUCAUCUCCUUCUGUGCGGCGGUAGAGGCCUGCGUCCUUCAUGGAUUGCGGAGGCGGGCGGCUGGCUUCCUGCGCAGCAACAAGAUCGCAGCUCUCUUCAUGAAGGUGGGCAAGAGCUUCCCGCCAGCCGAGGAGCUAAGCCGCAAGGUCCAGGACCUGGAGCAGCUGAUAGAGAGCGCCCGAAAUCAGAUCCAGGGCCUCCAAGAGAACGUGCGGAAGCUGCCGAAACUGCCCAGCCUGUCCCCACUUGCCAUCAAGCACCUGUGGAUCCGCACAGCCUUGUUUGAGAAGGUCCUGGACAAAAUUGUGCAUUACCUUGUGGAAAACAGCAGUAAGUAUUAUGAGAAGGAGGCUCUCCUGAUGGACCCCGUGGACGGCCCCAUCCUUGCGUCUUUGUUGGUGGGGCCCUGCGCCCUGGAGUACACCAAGAUGAAGACUUCAGAUCACUUCUGGACGGACCCCUCGGCGGAUGAGCUGGUCCAGAGGCACCGCAUCCACAGCUCACACCUGCGGCAGGACUCGCCCACCAAGCGUCCUGCCCUCUGCAUCCAGAAGAGGCAUUCGAGCGGCAGCAUGGACGACCGGCCAUCCCUCUCUGCCCGCGACUAUGUGGAGUCCCUGCACCAGAACUCCCGGGCCACCCUGCUCUAUGGCAAGAACAAUGUUCUGGUUCAGCCGAGGGAUGACAUGGAGGCUGUGCCAGGAUACCUGUCCCUGCACCAGACGGCCGACGUCAUGACCUUGAAGUGGACUCCCAAUCAGCUGAUGAACGGGUCUGUGGGGGACCUGGACUAUGAGAAGAGUGUCUACUGGGACUACGCCAUGACCAUCCGCCUGGAGGAGAUCGUCUACCUGCACUGCCACCAGCAAGUGGACAGCGGCGGGACAGUGGUGUUGGUCAGCCAGGAUGGGAUCCAGAGACCGCCCUUCCGCUUCCCCAAGGGAGGGCACCUCCUGCAGUUCCUCUCCUGCCUGGAGAACGGGCUGCUCCCUCACGGGCAGCUGGACCCACCGCUCUGGUCUCAGCGGGGGAAGGGCAAAGUAUUUCCCAAACUGCGCAAGCGGAGCCCUCAGGGUUCAUCUGAGUCCACGUCCUCAGACAAGGAAGAUGACGAGGCCACGGAUUAUGUGUUCAGAAUCAUCUACCCCGGCAUGCAGUCCGAAUUCGUGGCUUCUGACUCCUCGGGCAGCACUUCCCCCGUCUCCGUGGGCCCUGCCUGGAUGGUGGUUCCUGCAGGCCGGUCCGUGUUAGUGGUGGCCAGGGACAGUCGGUGGGCUCAGACCAAAUGGGACAUCACCCUCCCCACAUCCUGCCUGAAGCCUCAACCCCCCAUCCCCCAGGACCUGAUGGAUGUCUCCGUGAGCAACCUGCCAUCCCUAUGGCAACCCAGCCCCCGGAAAUCCUCCUGCUCAUCCUGCUCACAGAGUGGCUCGGCUGAUGGUGGCUCAGCCAAUGGCUGCAACCAUGAGAGGGCUCCCUUGAAGCUUCUCUGUGACAAUAUGAAGUACCAGAUCCUUUCCAGAGCCUUCUAUGGAUGGCUUGCCUACUGCAGACACCUGUCCACUGUGAGGACCCACCUGUCAGCCCUGGUCAAUCACAUGAUCGUGUCUCCAAACUUGCCCUGUGAUGCUGGACACGGGCUGACGGCCGGGAUCUGGGAGCAGUACCUUCAGGACAGCACAAGUUACGAGGAGCAGGAGCUGCUGCGUCUCAUCUACUACGGGGGCAUCCAGCCGGAGAUCCGCAAAGCCGUGUGGCCCUUCCUCCUGGGCCACUACCAGUUCGGGAUGACAGAAACAGAGAGGAAGGAGGUGGACGAGCAGAUUCAUGCCUGCUAUGCACAGACCAUGUCCGAGUGGCUGGGCUGCGAGGCAAUUGUGCGGCAGAGGGAGCGGGAGUCCCACGCGGCUGCCCUGGCCAAGUGCUCGUCGGGGGCCAGCCUGGACAGCCACCUGCACCGGCUGAUGCACCGGGACUCCACCAUCAGCAACGAGUCCUCCCAGAGCUGCAGCUCAGGCCGUCAGAACAUCCGCCUGCAGAGUGACUCCAGCAGCAGCACACAGGUCUUUGAGUCUGUGGACGAGGUGGAGCAAGUGGAGGCAGAAGGCAGAUUGGAGGAGAAACAGCCCAAGAUCCCCAACGGGAACCUGGUAAAUGGGACGUGUUCCCCAGACUCCGGCCAUCCUUCCUCCCAUAACUUCUCCUCGGGCCUCUCGGAGCACUCGGAACCCAGCCUGAGUACAGAAGACAGCGUCAUGGAUGCCCAGAGGCACGCCCCCCUGGUGCUGCGACCCAGGGACAGCAGCGUGGAUGACGGGCAGAGCAGCGAGGCCACCACUUCCCGGGACGAGGUCCCCCGUGAGGAGCUGGCCGUGCAGGACAGCCUGGAGAGUGACAUCCUCGCCAACGAGAGCAUGGACGAGUUCAUGUCCAUCCCUGGCAGCAUGGAUGUGCCUCUGCCCGAAAAGGAGGGCACCGGGAUGGAGGGCUGGAGGGGCAGCGAGGCGGAGAAGCACAGCCAGGUGGACAGUGAGGACAACCUCUCAGAGGAGCCCGAGAUGGAAAGUCUCUUCCCUGCCCUGGCUUCUCUGGCCGUGACCACAUCUGCUAACAACGAGGCGUCCCCCGUGUCUUCCAGUGGUGUCACCUACUCCCCGGAGCUGCUGGACCUGUACACGGUGAACCUGCACCGCAUUGAGAAGGACGUGCAGAGGUGUGACCGCAACUACUGGUACUUCACGCCCGCCAACCUGGAGAAGCUACGGAACAUCAUGUGCAGCUACAUCUGGCAGCACAUUGAGAUCGGCUAUGUCCAGGGUAUGUGUGACCUCCUGGCUCCACUGCUGGUCAUUCUGGAUGAUGAGGCCCUCGCCUUCAGCUGCUUCACGGAGCUCAUGAAGAGGAUGAACCAGAACUUCCCCCACGGAGGCGCCAUGGACACACACUUUGCCAACAUGAGGUCGCUAAUCCAGAUCCUGGACUCAGAGCUCUUUGAGCUGAUGCAUCAGAACGGGGACUACACUCACUUCUACUUCUGCUACCGCUGGUUCCUGCUGGAUUUCAAGCGAGAGCUCCUCUACGAUGAUGUCUUCUCCGUCUGGGAGACCAUCUGGGCGGCCAGACACGUCUCGUCUGCCCACUACGUGCUGUUCAUCGCGCUGGCGCUGGUGGAAGUCUACCGUGACAUCAUCUUGGAGAACAACAUGGAUUUCACAGACAUCAUCAAAUUUUUUAAUGAAAUGGCCGAGCGACACAACACCAAACAGGUCCUGAAGCUGGCCCGGGACCUCGUGUACAAGGUGCAGACCCUGAUUGAGAACAAGUGAGGGCCACGUCACCCAGGCACCAUCAGCCGAGCCGCCGCCCGCCUGUCCCACCCGCUUCUCCUCCCGGCCACCGGGGAGCGGAGGUCCUGGUGUCUGUUCAUGAGCAUUUACUUCUGAGCAAAGAGAGAGUACCCCAGCUUUAGCCACCGGACAGGUGGGGUCGAGGGGUUGCCCCUUCAGUUCAGCCUUACGUUUUCCUGUUUGACCAAAGAUCGCCCAAGUCUGGGAUUUCUCUUCUGUGGGAGUUGGCGGUUGUUGGUGGACCAAGGGAACAUCUUCGUUCGUGGUCCCCAGAAUUGUCUCUCUUCUCUCUCCCAUCCCUCCACAUUGUCUUGUCGGAUGAGACUUAGGGAGGGAAUUUUUUUGGAAACGGGGGUAGGAGAGGUCUGCGGGGCUACCUCUGUAGUCGGAAGGCGCCUGUGGAGAUGUUCCAGAACAUGGCUGGCAGGUUGAGUUGGAGCAGAGCACUGUUGACAUUUGGGCUGGGUAAUUCUUUUUUGGAGGGGAAUGCCGCCCUUGGGCACCGUUGGAUUUUUAGCAGCAUCCCUGGCCUCUACCUGCUGGAUGCCAGUAGCACACUCCUCCCCACCCCUUUGUGACAAGCCAGAACACCUCCAGAUGGUGCCAGCCCCAUUUGAGAACAGCUGGCCUCGAGGUUCCCAGUGAAUCUCCCUCCCCACUUGCUUUGUACCUGAGCUGCCUGUAUCCUGAUUCCUCGCAUUUAGCAAAGGCACGUGGGGGUCCUUUACUCAUCUCGCCUGGGGUCUGGAAUUCCAAUUAUUGUAUUCUCUCAUUUUCUCUCCUCCACCUGGCCCGGAAGAGACUUCUUCUUUUCAAAAAGGAUGUCUGCCUGUGAGAAGUGUCUGUAGGUGGGAGAUUGGCUUCUAUGGAGUCCUGUCCCAACUCCGCCCCCUCCGCCAGGCAGGGCAGAGUCCACACUGCCUUCCUGUCUUCCUAGGGAGGACCUCGUCUCUCCGUCCACACAUUGGGUCUGGUGUUCCAAAAGCUUGGAAGGUGUGUGUUGGUGCAAACCACUUGUUCAGGGAGGCUGACUUUCCCCCAAGUGCCCUUGCUCACUCAGGACAAAGGACAGAGUCUGGCCAGGGUGGGCGUGGUGGUGGGGGUCUUCCUUGGGAAAGAAGCAUCAGCUGAUGAACUGGUACCAGAGUCACGGCUAAGCCGGGAAAUGGUCACCUCCACGUCUUCACACAAAGGGUUGCCCAUCCCCAGACAGACCGUAAGUGAGCUAAUCUACCCUGCCGACCUGCCCUCGCAGGAGAGCAGGGCUGCCAGCCCUUCUGUUCUGAGGCUGCACUAGAAUCAGGAGAAACAGGAGAGUCAGGGAUGGAUGCUCAUCCGAAGGGCACCAGGUAGGAUUCUGGAGAGGGGAGGAGACUGGGAAAGCGUACUGAAGCACGUGCAGAAGGGGUGCGUUUGUCCUCCAGCCCUGAGCAAACCUGGAAGGGGAGUGAUCCCUGCCCGGCGUGCUUGUGAAGGCUCUUCCCUCCGACCCAGCGCCUUCCACUGCAUCCAAACCCCCAACUUCCGUCCAAGUGGGGUCUCUUGGACAGAAUGGAAGAGACUAGAUGUUCCUUGAGAGUUGCAUCUCCUCGCCGUGGUCCCCCAGCUUCCCAAGAUGGGAGAAAAAUGUAUGAAAGUCCUGUCCAGAUAAAAGUUUAUUUUGCCACUCAGCUGUUCACUACAGAGGACAUUAUUUUAGCAAGACCCAGGACCUUCCGAUUCUUAAUUUAUUUUUUAACAGACCAGUCUGAAAAGUACAGCACAAGAUCUUUUCUCUGCCUUGUCUCGUGGUGUUCCGGAGAGCAUCGUGGUUGUGACUUGGAAUAAUUCAUAUUUAUUCUGCUUAGUGUGUUUAUUUGGGUCUCUGUGCGUCGUGUGUGUCCUUGUGUCCCAGCAUCAAACACGUGGGAGUCGUUCCAUCUAUGGAGCGCCUUCUUGUUCUCAGUGUUGCCAACAUAUCUUGUAACUGUUUACUGAGAAGUCAUGUCUAUAUAGAGAGAAAAUAUAUAUAUAUAAACAGAAAUGUGUAAA